AACCACACAUGAAUAUCCGUUCUAAUGAUUUAAUCAAAGCAACUUAAUGAGCGACUGCAGUUGUGUAGUCGUAUCGAUUGCAUGUUGAGACAAUAACGAAGCAUCCAAUAGUAAUGUCUGUCAUUGUAAUAUGUUAGUCAGCAGCGUGUCAGUUACCUGCUCCAGCGAACCGCCACCUAACCAACGCUUACCGGAUACAUUUUCUACCGUUAGCUUCACGCUGGUUAGCUUGACAGUAGCUAUCGUGGCGAUAAGGAAGUUAAUCUUCACGUUUUUGGACCAAAAUCGCAACUUCUUUGACCUGUGGGCAGCUGGAGGAGCACCGAGGAGACUUCCGAGCAGCUGGACACCCCCUGACUCAGUGUGUGGAGGAUGUCUUCACCGGUCUACUACAACCAAGACUGUCUGACCCGCUUCAAGAAGAGGAAAGCCCGCUUCUCCUUCAGCGAGGUCCACAUCCUGUUGGACGAAGUGAGGAAGCAUCGUAUGGUUGUCGUGGGCAAAUUCAACCGCGGAGUGCCCACCGACAUGAAGAAGCGCACAUGGGCGGAGAUUACCGCACGUGUCAAUGAGAUUGGGGAGUGCCAGCGCGAAGUCAUCGAGGUCAUCAAGAAAUGGUCUGACCUCAAGUGUGACACCAAGCGGAAAGUGGCUGCCAUGCGGUCGGGGACGGUGCCCAACAGGGGCCUCAACUCACGUCUGUCCCGAGACCUCAAUCAGACGGAGAAGAUAGUGCUUCAGAUCCUGGAGAUGGACGAGGAAGACCAGAGCAUGGCCGACUUUGGCCCGCUGGGAGACGACGACGAUGUGCCAGAGGAGGAAGAAGAAAUAGAAGAGGAGGAUAUGAUGGGAAUGCAGAGUUCUCCCAACGGCGCGUUGGACAUGUCCAUGCCCCCACCAGCCUCUUCCACCACCAGUGGACCACAGUCAGCAGGGGACUCGUCACAGCCUGCCUUUGAUUUGCAGUAUGAAGUACCUGCCACAGAAGACACUGAAGCUGCGUUUGGAGACUCGGAUGAUGACCAAACGGAGGACGCGCCUCCUUCCACUCAGGCAGCAAAAGCGACAGAGGACCAUCAAGGAAACAACGGCAUCCAGAAACAAGGACGACCCCAGACGCCCUCCGGACCCUCAACGUCAACGGCCGCCCUUUUGAUGCCAGGUCAGCCCUCGCAGAGCACGAGGGACAGCAUGCUGCACAACGCAUCGCUGAGCCUCCAAGAGCAGCACGCCACCAACAUCCUGCUGGAGACGGUGUCUCGCUCCCUGGAGCUACUGUCCGAGUCGGUGCAGCAGCUGGCGGAGACCCAGCAGGAGUUUGUGCGCGAGUCGCUGCAGCUCCAGCGGGAGACGGUGCAGGUUCUCAGAGACUUCACAGGUGGAGCCAUUGCACUCAUGCAUGACAAACUGAACGGACGUCCAGCAUUGUAGCGACGAAGCGUCAAGAGAUGUUCGGUUGUAUCACUGACUUCAUACACGGCCAUCAGGCGCUCCUCUGGACCCCACUGUUGGUUACUGUCGUUUUUGAAAGUACUCAACAGAUUUUCUGUGGCUACAUAUUCAAAAUGUAUUCCUAGAGACGUAUUGAUGGAAUUGCUUGGUGACAUGAAAAGGACUGACAAAUAACCAGUGUUAGCCAUAAACUGUUUGCUACUGAAACCGCGACUCCUUCCACUUGCAUUGUAAGACAUUUUUUAUGAAGCAUACACCACUUGUAAAGCCUUUACAUUCUUUUAAUUGUGAAAUUCAAAGAACGAGUCUUUGAUUUUGAAAAGUCGUGAAAUCCAUGUGUGUCCUUGAAUAACUUGUAGCUGAUCACAUGUACUGUAACGGUGAGUGGAUUUCUGCACCUGACCAUUAUAUGGUCCAUUUCUCUGAACGCUCACCACGGUAUGUUAAGUCAUGUUUCAAAUACCUGUAAAUGAAUCCGAUUAAACCCUUCUUUUUUUUUUUUUCCUUUUUUACAAACAUGAACACUUCUUUAGAACAACGUGGAAUAAACUACUCAUGUAUUUAAACUGAUAAAGUCUGUAGUGCACAUUCAGAUAUUACAAUUACAUCUUUAGAUUGGUUCCAAUACAAAUGCCCUUGUAUUGUUGAUUUGACUUCACUGACACAUUGCAAAUAAUCAAAUCAUCUUCAAUAUAACCCUUAAAGUGCUUCACAGACUGAGACUAAUCUCAUGAAAGAAACCUUCAAUUAAAAAAAAAAAUCAUGCUGGACUUUAAAAGAAAGAAGAUGAUGAUAUUCAAUGUGUUUUUCAUGUCAUCCAACACCAUGGAAAGACCAAAACAAACUAGUAAACCAAAGCUUCGUCUUUG